ACAAAAGGAAAUUGGUUGUUGGGAAAGAGGUCUGUAUAAGUGACUGGCAAAAUUAUCCGUGGGAAUGGUAAAGGCUGUGUGUUGCAUAUAGCUUCCCGGCGCCCAUACAAAAGGCUUCUCUCUUUUUAAGAAGAUUCAAGCUUCAUUCAUUCCAUCUGUUACAGUGAUUUCGUCGAUUGAGCGUACAUUUUUGGUCAAUCGUCACAAUACCUUCCAUAGUAACGUAUAUCGUCUUUUAAGGAAUAACGUGCUACUGUAAACUCAGUAGUAGACAACAAAAAUGAGUCAUGAUCCAAGCCUACAAGAUCAAGUUGAAGCUACGCUGGCAGAUCCCUGGUUUAACAGACGUAGGAAUCUACGUAUGAAUCAUCCAAUGCCUGAACGACCACAAAAUAUCGCCGAUAAGAUCUCUCAAGGCAUUGAAAAUAUGAAUUUUCAAACGCACGAUAAUGACGGCAAUGAAUCAUCAUCUGAUUCUCGACAUUCUACCCGUGGGUCAAAGCCUUCCAAGAGACACACCUCACAACGCUCUCAGACUGCUGCAAAACAGAGAUUACCGUACCCUGAGAGCGAUAGUCUAAUCCCUGGUGAUGUUCCUGACGAACUCGAGUAUCGAACCGCCGUAGAAGCGAAUCGUCGUGCAGCACGUGAACGAAGACCUCCUACCACUAAACCAAAAGAUAUCUCGAGUUCCGCACACCGUAAAGCGCACAGAAGUACUCCGGACUCUGACAAUUCGAGGCAUCAAGUUAAAGCAUCAAGUCAGGAAACUAACUCUUCUCUUCCUCAAAGACGCGAGAGAUCAAAAGUGACAAAAGCAACACAGCCAAACCUUAGUCACGGGAGUGAUAGUGACAGCGGUAGAAAACCCAAAACGAGGACAAGCACUACCAAUACCGGAGCCAGAACUUCCAAGUCCGGAUAUAGUCAGGAAUUAACAUCUAGGAAGCAUGCUUCUGUUUCUUCGUCUCGCAUGACUGGUGAUGGUCAUGGUUCUAGUACUACUCAAACAUUACACCGGGAUUCUAACCGUGAGCGUUCUAAGGGGGCUCGGGAUACUCGCACCGUGCCCCGACGACAGGGAAGUGAGUUGUUUUUGGGAACGUGAUGAAAUAUGGGAGGUUGAUGGAGGGGUUGGGGUAUAAUUAUGGGCUGGGAUAUAUGGAGAGAAAUGAAGGAAGGGGUUUCACGGCCUCACACCAUGCAUACGGACUUUAGAUUUGAAGAGUAACGUUACCGAUUAAUACUUCAAUCUAAAAUUUCACAUGUUAUUUUCUCCGGCGCUUAUGCUAGCAUCAACGGCGCUUGCUUCCUUAAUCGCUAUUUGGUACCAAGCAUUGCAAUUGAGGUUCCAGCCAGUUACUAUCCCGUUCAGAUGAUUUUUGAAAUCUUUCUUCGAACACUCGUCCGAAAUAAAUAGAUAAUAAAUGAAAAUAUCAAGUCCACCAUAUCUUAAUCUGGCAUACCGAGCGAUGAAGUAACUGUAGACGCUUUGUUUGUUGCAUUUAGACAGUGACCGAAUAUCACA